AUGGGGGAGGCGGCCAGCCCCGCGCCCGCGCUCUGGGACUGGGACUACCUGGACCGCUGCUUCGCCCGCCACCGCGUCUGCAUCUCCUUCGGCCUGUGGAUCUGCGCCUCCUGCUGCUGGGUCGCCGCCCACGCGCUGCUUCUCUACCUGAGGUGUGCAAAGAAAUCUGGACGGGACCAGUCAGCGCUGUGUGCCGCUUGCUGCCUCCUGACCAGCCUGUGCGACACCACCGGAGCGAUUCUGGCCAGACAGCUCACAAUCCAGGUGUUCACUGGCGCCUACUUAGCAGCUGUUGACCUGCUGAGCUUCGUGUUCAUCCUCUUCCCAGUCUGCGGCUCCAAGUUGAAGUCUAAUUUGGGCCGGGGCUGCAGGGAGAGGAAGAGGAGGCGGCGGCUCAGGGCCCGUGUAUUUGCUCUGGCCCUGCCGCUGGGCCUGGGGCCCGGCUGGGCUCUCUGGGCCGCCGUCCGGAAGGCGUCCGGCCCUGUCCGAGGGCCCCAGCGGAGGUUACUGGGGAGCCUGCUGCAGGACAACGCUGAAAUCUUCGGCUACCUGCUGGGAGGCAUCGCUGCCCUGGGCUCCUGGGCUUCCCGGAUGGCCCCGCUCUCCAGAAUCUGCCAGGGUAAGGCAUUUCCCUCCAUCCACCUGUGGACCCGGUUCCUGUCGGCCCUAGGGGGCCUCCUCUAUGCCUCGGCCAUCGUGGCCCAUGACCGGCGGCCUGAGUACCUGCUUCGGGCCACACCCUGGUUCCUGACCUCCCUCGGCCGUGCUGCACUGGACCUCUCCAUCAUUUUCCUUUCCUGGGUGAUGAAGAGCAAGAUGAGACGGGCCUUGGGGUUUGCCCCAGAAGCCAGAGAGUGCCCCGACACCCAAGCCCUUUUGACCUGCGCAGAGAAAGAGGAAGAAAGCCAGGAGAAUUCAGAUUGGGUGCCUCUCACCACACUACCGCCCUGCACAUCACUCAGGACAAUGGCAGCCAUCAGUCGCUACAUGGAGCUGACCAUCGAGCCCGUGCAGCAGGCAGGCGGCAGCACCACCAGGCUGCCCGGCGAUGGACAGAGGGGCCCCGCAGACGCGAACCAGCAGGAGCCGCCCUCGUACCCUCCCGUCCGGGUCAUCCGGGCCCGCGUGUCUUCCAGCAGCUCCUGCGAGGUCUCCUCCAUCAACUCCGACCUCGAGCAGAAGUAUUGGGAAGCCUUAAACUCGGAGCAGUGGGACCCUGAGGAUGUAAAUCUUGAAAGGAACAAAGACAACGUGGAGAUGCUCAGAUCCCAGAUGCGUAGGUGCUCUCUGGGGCCGGUGGUCUUGACAUCUGAUGAGUAACACCUGGGGCGAGCCCAUCGGCUCAGAGCCAUCAGUCAAGGCUACGUCAGGAACUGAGCAGGGAUCAACCUGCAGUGAUGCCCAUGGCAGGAAUUUAAGCUUCCGCAGAGACUGCCCAUGAAGGUGAAGAACCAGGAGCUGUCACUGAGCUUGGUUGUUCUGCAUCACGGCUCAGAAUGGAGCUAAGACUUUGGGACCUGGGCGUGCGGUUCGUUUUGAAGAUCAGAAGUUCACAGACCACUCUUGCUUUGAAGUAGAAACCUUCAUCUGAAGGGCACUGGACCCGCUCUUCCCUUUCCCUUCAGAUUCAACCCUACUCUGAAUAUCUGCUAGAUGACAGGAACAUCUAACAAAUAGCUAAUGUCUUUGGAUCUCAAUACAGCCUCAUUCUGCAAGACCUGGCGAAGCCCAGGAGACGAGAGGGGUGGGUCCAUGUCCUGGAGAUCUGAGACAUGAUCACCAGUAUUAAUGGGACCCGGCCCCUGGCCUCCCAGUCACCCAGCUGAGUUGUCUUGGUCAACAAGGAGUUUGUGUGAUCAGCGGUGUUGACAAGGGCGAGCAAAACAAAUUGCCUUACACGCAAGGACUUACUCCAACUUGGCAAGGUGUGUGCCGGCAGGGUUGGCAGGUGAGGGGGACUGUCUGCUUCGGAGCUAACGUGAAAGCAUGUAGAGGGAGGCAUGGUGGGAGAUGUCACAUUCAAGCAGGGCAAUCCCGUUUGGGGAUUAUUUUGAUGCUGUGAUCAUGGGAGCAGGGCAAGGGUGCAGAGAAUGUGGCCAAGGGGAGAGGAACACCGGAGUGAAGAAAUAAACCAUGAUGGAGUGAGUGGAGGCCUCUCACGGUGGAGCACGGACAUGCCUGAAUCCCCGCGCGGCCACAAAAGCCGGCCAUGAGGGGAACUGGGAGACGUGCCGAGAAACACAGCUCCGCUCCGGGGUGGUCCCUGGCAGCCUGAGACUCAGCCACUGCUGCCCAGUUUCUCCGAAGAGGUAGUGCAGAUCCCAGCAGAACGGAGAAGGGGGUGCCUCCGGGCAGCAAAUCGGUUCCAUAGAUCUCUGUGGAGAUAUUAAUCCUCUGAGUGCCCUCUAGCUAAGAGUGACCUUAAAGCCACCCUAUUUAUCCCCUUUAUCCAACUGCUUUGGUUCCUGGGGGUCUUGUAACGGAGUUCCCUAAAGCCAGUUUUGCUUUGUGAUCUUAACCGCAGAAGAGCUGUUCCUUGAGAGAAGAUGGAGAUUUGAGUGGGGGAUCGGGUGGGGAGAGCAUUCCUGAUGAAAUCCUACAGACGACUGGACACCAGGAAGGAAGGUUGGUGUCCAGCCAAGGAAGGCUGAAUCUGAUGUGGCCAGAAUGGGUGGUGCGACAGAGACUAAAAGGUAAAGAGGCUGGCAAGGAGCCAGACAGUGGAGCCUAGGGAGCUGGCACUUGAAACUGUGGCUAAUUGGUAGCCAUGCCUGAUACCAGAGUAGGAAGAUGACGGACAUGCCUCAGGUAGGCCACAGCUGGGUGGUGAGGCUUUGCUGCCCAUGGCCACAACUUCUCAGGACGCAGAAAUGUAGUCAUGGAUAAGGGAGGAACGUGGAGCACAUUUAAUCUGAGUGUUAACAGCAGGGCAGGCGGAGGGCUCAGCUUUAGAAAGAUAACGCACAGGGAGAGGAUAUCUGCUCUGGAGUUUGCCGUGGGCACAUCCUCUCUCAAGAGGAGGCUGGCCCGUGAUCCCUGGGGCUCCAGAAACUGGCUGGACCCUGACGGAAAUGGCCAUUUACCCAAGAGUGUCAAACAGCCUCGCUGAUUGAGCAGCACAGAUUCCCGGCGUCCCGGAUGUUGUCUGCCUCCCUAGAUCGGUGGUCCCAGCCCCCCUUCACAAACCAGUUCCUGUUGUUGGGGUCCAGUCUGGUCUCAAAGCCGAAUCCCGAGUCUCUUCACCCAGAGCGAACUAUUAAACUGAAAAUUUUGGAAGCAAA